CACCGUCUCCACCGAUCGCACACAACCACUCCAUCCUUUCCUCCUUCCUCGUACUACAGAGGAGCAGUAAUGGAGGAUUUGGUCCAUGAAAAAGAACAAGAGAGACCACCAGAAUCGAAGAAGAAUCCAAGAAUCCAAGAGAAUCUUACGAAAAUCAAAGGCCCAGAAGUAGAUCUGGUUGCAAAUCAAAGGCAGAUAGGUUUACCUGUCAGAGAAAUGUUGGACACAUAUCAUGAUGUCAUGAACAAGUAUAGUGAGUAUCUUAUGAGUACAACAACUAACAGUGCAGAGGUGCUGGUUGGAGUGGAAUCAUUGCUAAAUUCAGGAACUAUGCCAGUUGAGGAAGCACUAGAAACCCAGGUCCAUAUAUGUUUGAAAUACCUAAGUUUGUAUCCAUGUCAAACUGAUAAUGACCUGAUCAGUUGAUUUUUCGUAGUUCGAAUUAAAAACGAAGUGAUCACUGUAUUUGUGGGACGGGGCCCAAAUGUCGCCACAACAGUUAGCGCCCUCGCGAGGCCAGGGGACGUGGACGGCGCGGUGGAAGAUGCCAUCGUCUUCCUCACGCUGCUCCUCUUUCCCGGCGAGAUACCCGCCGUACCACACGUCGUCGCCACGUUUCUUGGCGAUGGUGAAGGACGAGCAGGAGGAGGUGCCUCCUCGCAUGCGUCACCAUGGCGGUGGCAGCAUCGUCGUUAUCCAUGAACGGCGCCACCUUUCUCCGCCACGCCAGCUCCACCCCGUCAAGCGGGAGUGGACGCUGCCGCCAGAGUACAAGGCGGUGGCGUCCAUCAUCAAGGCGGAGGACGACCCCGAGGAGUUCUCGGGACUACGCCGCGCCUAGCUGGAGUCGUUCCAGGAGACAGACGAGUUCGUCGAGGCCUGGAGCACGGCGGAUCACCGCCCCGCAGAGAAUGAGCGUCGUCACCGCCUCGGCCUCGUCGUCAACCUGGACGACGAUGACAACGCUGGCCAUUCCAGCAGGCCGCGCAGGAGGCGCGGGGACGCCGGUCAGAGCUACAGCUACCUCACGCAGCCGAAGGAGGAGCCCAGCGACGAGGAGGACGACUACGCGGCGGUACUAGGCCUAGGCGGCAACGGCCGUUACUAGUUUUAGUUUUUUUAAAUGUCUAUGUUUUUUAAUUUGUAGAAAUAUUGGUCAAAUAUGGUCGAACUAAAAUCUAAUAUUUCUAUGAAUUGUGUUA